AUGAUUUUAUCAUCAAUAUCAGUAAUCAUUGUGAUAGUACCAUCAGUAUUUAUCCGAUGUUUAUCUUCUCAUCGAUGGUGUUCACUAUUUUAUUGUCAAUUGGAAGGUUUUAUUUCAUAUUUAAAUGGUUGUGUUCAUAUGUUUAUGUUGAUGAUGAUAUCAGUUAUCCGUUAUGCUACAGUUUUUCAAACAAAUAUACAAAAUCAAUUUAUUGGUCAACAUUCAUAUUGCAUGGUGAUACUUUGUUGGUUACUUGGUCUUAUAUUUGCAUUGCCACCAUUAUUUGAUUGGAAUAAAUAUACAUCUGAAGGGAUUGGUUUUCAUUGUGGAUUAGAUUGGUUUGAUCGAUCACUUAGUUCACGUAUUUAUUUUAUUUUUGCUUUUGGAUUCAUUUAUUUUAUUCCAUUAGUUGUGUUAUCAAUUAUAAAUAUAUAUGUUUAUUGUAAAAUUCGAUCUUUACUUUAUGGUGCAACAAGAGUAUUACAACACAACUUUAUAUUAAAUAUCUCUUAUCAGAAAUAUCAAUGCACUUCAUGUAGUUCAUCGUUAAGUAAUAGCUCAACAACAAAAUGUGACAAACGUGGUUUUGUUGUAGCACCAACUUCAAUCAAUGUAACUUCUCCAUUAGCUGUUCGUCAAAUGCGUAUCUUGCAAAUGAAUAAUAUUAUGCGAUUAAAGCGUUUGAAAGCUGAUCAAUGUUUUACUUUGGCAACAAUAAUCUUAGUUAGUGAAUAUUUACUUAGUUGGACACGAUACGCUGUUGUGGUGUUAUUUUGUUUAUUUGAUGUAAAUCAUAUUAGUCAACAAUCAGUAUUACUGACAAUAUGUGCAUUCAUAGCAAAAACUUCAAUGAUUUUAAAUCCACUUCUUUAUAUAGCAACAUUAAAAACUAAUCAACUCAAAUCGAUGCUAUAG